AUGACCCCGGUGUAUCGCCUGACCCGGGGCAUGACAGCGCGCAAUCUGCGGAGCCUCACCUGGCGCGCCCUGGAGCAGUUCCUCGGCGGCAUCGCGGAACCGAUGCCAAGAGAUACGCUGGCGCGGACCCGGCUGAUCGGAUUGGGUCAGGCAAUUGGCGACGCGCACUAUCCGCCGGAUACGGCCGGCGCUGAUCAGGCCCGCCGUCGCCUCGCCUUUGAUGAAAUCAUGGCGUUCCAGAUGGCAAUUCUGGGCCGGCGCCGGCACCGCGAACGCGACGUAGCCGGGACUGCGGUGCAAUACAGCGGCGCCGCGGUUGACGGGUUCCUGUCCGAACUGCCCUUCACUCCCACCAAAGCGCAGGUGCGUUGCAUCGGUGAAGCUCUGUCCGACAUGGCCCGGGGCACGCCGCCGAUGAGCCGUUUGCUGCAGGGCGAAGUCGGCAGCGGCAAAACCCUGGUCGCGUUGACGGCGAUACUGGCCGCCGCAUCAGACCACCGUCAGUCGGCCCUGAUGGCUCCCACCGAGGUGCUGGCCGAGCAGCACUUCGUUACCGUGGGACGGCUGCUGGGCACGCGUCCUUUCACUGUAGGCCUGCUGACCGGCAGUACCCGAGCCGCGCCGCGACGGGAGGUGUUGCGGCUGGCGUCGGAGGGUCAUCUGGACCUCCUGGUGGGCACCCACGCCCUGAUACAGGACGGGGUGGAGCUUCCCAACCUGGCGCUGGCCAUCACCGACGAACAGCACCGCUUUGGCGUCGCCCAGCGCACCGCGCUACGGGGCGCCGGCCCGGAGCAACCCCAUGCCCUCAUGAUGUCGGCCACGCCGAUACCCCGGACGCUGCAGCUCACGCUCUACGGCGACCUGGACGUUUCGACCAUCGAUGAGCUUCCCCCGGGACGGCAGGACAUUCUCACCAGGCUGGUCCCGGAAGACAAACGCCAAGCGGCGUAUCGUUUCAUCCGCCAGCAGGUGGAAGCCGGGCGGCAGGCGUUCAUCAUCUGCCCGCUGGUGGAAGAGUCGGAAAACCUGGACGUGCGCGCCGCCACGGAAGAGCACCAACGGCUGUCAAACGAGGUCUUCCCCGACCUCAAUCUCGGACUGCUCCACGGGCGUCUGUCGUCCCGCCAAAAAGACCAGGUGAUGCGCCAGUUCCGCGACGGCGACCUGAACGUGCUGGUGGCCACCGCCGUGGUCGAGGUUGGCAUCGACGUGCCCAACGCCACGGUGAUGAUGAUCGACGGCGCGGACCGCUUCGGACUGGCCCAGCUGCACCAGUUUCGCGGCCGCGUGGGGCGCGGCGAACACCGCAGCUAUUGCCUGCUGAUGUCCGAAGCAGAGUCGGAAAGGGCGCGGGAACGUCUUUCGGCUCUCGAAGCCAGCGGGGACGGGUUCAAGCUGGCAGAGAUCGACCUCCAGAUGCGCCACGAAGGGGAUAUUUUCGGCACCACCCAGAGCGGUGACCAGACCAUGCUCCGCAUCGCGAGCGUGUUCGAUCAGGACCUGAUGGCGUUGGCCCGCCAGGAAGCCGCGGCAAUUCUCGAUGCCGACCCGGAACUGACUGACCCGAAGCACGCUGGCAUCGUCGCCGAACGGGACCGCUUCCUGGCCCGGGUUCAGGACAACAUCAGCGACUGA